AUGUAUGGACGUUCAGUUUCCAAUCAAAGGAUUGAAGCUUGGUCGUCUUUUCUUCGUAAAACUAAGUCUGAUUGGUAAAUCAAAUUCUCCAAGGAUAUUCGGGACGCGGGCAUUUAUUGCGACAGUAAUCCAAUUCAUGUAGAAUGCCUGAAAUUCUAUUUCAUGCACUUAAUCCAAGACGAGCUCAAACACGUGACAGAACAAUGGAAGCUUCAUAGGAUUAGGCCAUGUAGAAAUUCCGACUCCCCAGCAGGUCGCCCCGAAGUUCUAUAUUUUCUUCCUGAACUAAAAGAAGCCAUGGAUUACUCUACUCCAGUGCCAAGCGAUGAAAUCGAUUUAGCUAAAGAGGUAUGCUGUGAUCAACUCAAUGAACAGCCGGCCUCUAGAGGGUUCUUGGAGUUGGCUUACCUCAUCAUGGAUGAAGAGAAUCUGACGAUGCCAGAUGACGCAGAAGAGGCACUGAGAUUACAUAUAUAUCUUGUCUAUCAUAUUGAAAACAUCUAA